GACAUUUGUUUGGGUGAAUGAUGCAUCGACACAUUCCCAGAGUGUUGCCAAGGCCAAAUAUGAAUUUUUAUUUGGCAGAGCUGAAAGGAAAACUCCAGAUACAAGUGAUCAUGGAGGAAGCACUUUACUCCCACCAAAUGUUACAAAUGAAUUUCCAGAAUAUGGGACCAUGGAGGAAGGUGGAGAAGGCCUAGGGCCUUCUCUGGAGUUUGAUGGUGAGACUCUGCCAUGCCACCCGCAAGAGCAGCAGGGUGUCCAGCCUCUUACUGGCUGCCACUCUGGGCUCCACAGUGUUACAGAAGGACCAAAAGAUGUCAGAAAGGCCCCCUCUCAAAGUCACCUCAAGGAACAAAGUUUACAGCCCAUUGACUCUUUGAUUUCAGCUCUGAAAGCCACCGAAGCCAGAAUCAUUUCUGGAACAUUACAGGCUACAAAGGUACUGGACCAAGAUGCUGUUUCUAGUCUUUCAGUUCAGCAGGUGGAAAAAGAGCUGGACACCGCCAGUCAUAAAACACAGAGAACGAACAAACCGCUCCCUCCUGGCCAAAAAAAAUCACCAGAAAUACCUCCUUCAGCUGAAGUAACGACAGAGGAAAGUUUUUAUUUGAGCAUCCAGAAGGAUCUGACCGCACUGUUAACAGGAGACACUCAGGCCGAGCUUUCCCAGAUAAUGAAUAAUGGGAGGAAAGGGGCCCUCUGUGUACAGGAGCCAGCUUGUCCUGUGGCCUCCCUGGGGAGCUCAGCAGUGACCUACCACUCUGCAGGCAGUGUUAGUUUCUUGAAAGAGCAGAGGUCUGCUCUUGGGAGAGAGCACCCAGGGGGAUGUGAUCGAAGCAGCUCCGUUGGACGCCGAGGCCGGGUCAAACAUGUGGAAUUUCAAGGAGUGGAGAUAUUGUGGACAGGAGGAGAUAAGAGAGAGAGCCAGCAUCCCGUAGAUUUUGAGACAUCACUGCAAAGAACAGCCUCUUCUGAAAACAAAGAGUUUUCCAAAGUGCCACUCCAUUUCAUCUCAUCAGCUGGUUUGUGUAGUUCAAGUAGUUUAACUGAGGAUGUUUGGGAUGAAUCCUUGAAAGCUUCUUCAGAGAGGCCUGGCACAAGUUCGGGGACAUUCUCCCCUGUUCAUCUUGAUGAGAGUGGAGAGGAUGAAGUCUUCCUAAAGGAAAACAAACAGCAUCUUGAGAAGAAGCCUGAACCAGAGAGAUACAAGGAAAGGAUCACUGAACAAGAGGAGCAGGUUAAGGGGGAAGAUGAAGACAUCCUUGGGCCUGGAUAUACGGAGGACUCCACUGAUGUGUACAGCUCCCAGUUUGAAACCAUUUUGGACAACACUUCUUUAUACUACAGUGCGGAGUCCUUGGAGACGUUAUACUCAGAGCCUGAUAGCUAUUUUAGCUUUGAAAUGCCCCUCACUCCAAUGAUACAACAGCGCAUUAAAGAAGGCGGUCAGUUCUUGGAGAGGACAUCAGGGGGAGGACAUCAGGAUGUCCUGAGUGUGUCAGCAGAUGGUGGAAUCGUGAUGAGCUAUGCUAGUGGGGUCACCAAUGGGCUGAAUGAUGCCAGCGACUCCAUCUACACGAAAGGCACCCCAGAGAUUGCCUUCUGGGGAAGCAAUGCUGGGGUGAAAACAGAACGGCUAGAAGCUCAUUCUGAAAUGGGGAGCACUGAAAUUUUGGAAAAGGAGACUUCAGAAAAUCUCAGUAAUGGUACCAGCAGCAAUGUGGAAGCAGCCAAAAGGUUGGCCAAACGCCUUUAUCAGCUGGACAGAUUCAAAAGAUCAGAUGUUGCAAAACACCUUGGCAAGAACAACGAAUUUAGCAAACUAGUUGCAGAAGAAUAUCUGAAGUUUUUUGAUUUUACAGGAAUGACGCUGGAUCAGUCACUCAGGUAUUUCUUUAAAGCAUUUUCUCUUGUGGGAGAAACUCAAGAACGAGAGAGAGUUUUAAUACACUUUUCCAAUAGAUAUUUUUAUUGUAACCCAGAUGCCAUCGCUUCACAAGAUGGAGUCCAUUGCCUUACCUGUGCAAUAAUGCUUCUUAAUACAGAUCUACAUGGCCAUAAUAUUGGAAAGAAGAUGACCUGUCAGGAGUUCAUUGCAAAUCUGCAAGGGGUAAACGAGGGUGUUGAUUUCUCCAAGGAUCUGCUGAAAAAUAUUGCUGCUUUUUUCAGUAAAGUAAAUCAAGCCGAGUUAUGUGAUGAAAGGUUCGUGGCAUGUUUCCACUUCUGCUCUCCCCGUGGAGGUCUGGCAGCCUGCUUUUGCUUUCAGUCACGUGCUCAUGUUGGGCAGAGUAAUGAUGCUGCUUUUGGUGUGGUUCAGACCAUGAAUGAAAAAUGGUGA